AUGCAGAUGGAAUUCAGGCUACCGAUGAGUAUGCAGACCGAUUCGUGUCUGCAACUCGCCAAGUACGCCGGGUUAAAGGAGGCCAAUAGCAACUCCAAUUUUGUCUUCUCUCCCUUUUCCAUCUACCUCGGUUUGAGCCUUGUGGGUUGCGGAUCCAGUGGUCGAACAUUGUCACAGAUGUUAUCAUUCCUCAAGUCCCAGAACAUCGAUCAUCUCCAACAGGUUGGCCGCCAACUCGUCGAUUCCGUCAAAGGACCUCUCGUCAAUGGAGGCCCCAGCCUCUAUUUCGUCAACGGCGUUUGGAUUGAAAAAUCUGUUAAUCUAAAACCUACAUUCAAAGAUAUUGUUAAUAUAGUAUAUAAAGCAGAAGCCGAGACCGUCGAUUUCUUGAAUAAGCCCCUGGAGGUGACAGUGGAUGUGAAUACACGGGUAGAAAAGGAAACAAAUGGGCUAAUCAAGAAUGUCCUCCCUCACGACUCCAUUGGUAGAGAUACAAGACUUUUACUAGCAAAUGCACUCUAUUUCAAAGGAGAAUGGAAAGAGCGCUUUGAUAAAUCGAAAACUAAGGUGUCUGAAUUCUAUCUGCUUGAUGGAAGCAAGGUCCAGGUUCCCUUCAUGACUAGCGAGUCUGAUCAAUUUGCUUGCUCCUGCGAUGGCUUCAAAGUACUCAGACUUCCUUACAAGCAAGGAGACGAUUACCGCACAUGCUUUUCUAUGUACAUCUUCCUUCCCGAUCAGAGAGAUGGACUUCGUGAUUUGAUCGAGAAGGUGGCUUCCGAUCCAGGAUUUAUGGAUCGCCAUCUCCCUGUUAAACAAAUCCAAGUAAGAGAUUUCUGGAUCCCCAAGUUCAAGAUCUCAUUUGGCUUUGAAGCUUCAAGGAUCCUUAAGGGAUUAGAAUUACCGUUGCCUUUUGAUGAGAACGAAGCAGAGCUAACUGACAUGCUAAUAAGCCCGUCGUCGGAUGGUCGUAACCUUUACGUUUCAGGAUCUUACCAUAAAUGUUUCAUCGAAAUUGAUGAAGCAGGAGCCGAGGCUACUGCUGCUAGUACUGCUACUGUAGUUCAGCCAUUUUACCUUCCCACCCCCAUAGAUUUCGUAGCAGAUCAUUCAUUCAUGUUUAUGGUGAGAGAUGAUCUGAGUGGAGUGAUGCUGUUCAUGGGGCAUCUCAUUAAUCCCUCUGCAGUCGGUAAUUAA